AUGUCAUACCGAGGCCCGGCGAAGAAUCCGCUGAUAGUGUUAUCAGAUGGAGUAUGGACUGGUCGAGAAGCCAACUCAGAGUCCAACGUACAACGGCUGGCAAAUUUGGUGUGGGGAGAAUCUGGGCUGCCUAGUGACGAUGACUUCGGAUACCUCCACCCUACAGGAAAGGCCCAUUAUGUCAACAGCGUGCCCGUAGUUCACGGCUACACCCCACAAGAAACCGAAAUAUGGAUGUUUGGUGUUUCGAAAGGAGCCUUUAUCGUCCGCUCCGUCGCGGGCAUGAUCAAUAAUUGCGGGAUAGUGAAGCCAGUAUACGGUCUGAACGGGGAUGUUGAUGUUGACAAGACACACCAGCUCUGCCAGGAGGUCUAUCGCAUCUACCGAUGUUCGUCAGGAGCCAACACGCCAAAGUCAGAGCAAUCGCGGAUCUUUAGAAGGAAGCACAGCUGGGCGUUGAUCGGAGAUGGAGACGUCGUCGAAUCGCCGAUUCGAUUCAUGGGGCUUUUCGACUCGGUCGGGGAACGCGGCAUCCCAGAGUUCGCGGGCGCGGUCGGCGUUGACUGGCCCAAGUUGCAUGACCACCACGUAUCAAGCGUCGUCUCCGAAGUCUACCACGCCGUCUCGCUACACGACCGCCUGUACGCUUACCAGCCGUGUCUGAUUUCCCGCGACACAGAGUAUGGACCGUCGUACGGCAUUACGGAGCGUUGGUUCCCAGGCACGCACUACGAUAUCUGUCGACAAAGUUUCAAGAUUGUGAGGGGCGUGCUGCCGCAGCGACUCGAGAGUCUUCUGCCGGCGUGGGCUUGGUCUAGCAAGGCGAUCAAACCGAACGAGGUCUUGAGCGAUCUUGUCUUCAAGUGGAUGCUGGAGUGCAUCGACGCACAUGACCCCUCGGGACUUGUGAUACCGAAGAACACGCUCUACCAUGAGCUAGAUGGGCUUAAACACAGUAUUUUGGAAGGGAAAAAAACUGGCGAUGGCGAUGUCUACAACCACAUCCUUCAAUUUGCCCCGUUCGGACGGUACUUUGACCUGGUGUUGUCCACGGCCUUCGGAAAGUGGCAAGAUAACCAGCUUUAUAAGAUGCUCUUCGCCUGCAGGCCUCGUCUAGUUCCCGAGUUCAACGCGUCAGUGUACAAUUACAGAGGUCCCGAUCCUAACUUGGAUGGGAGAAUCAUACAGAAGCUGGCCAAUCUCCCAUCAAGUUCAACGGCACCCGAGAAGCAACCUGAAACGCGAUACCCAUCGACAUCAUACGAUGGAUGGCUCUUGAGGCGAUAG